AUGUCGAGGGAUCCGCUGAUCGUCGGGGGGAUCGUCGGCAACGUCGUCGAGUACUUCGACGCGUCGGCGCGGCUGAGGGUGUUGUACAGCAACCGCGAAAUCACUAAUGGGUCCGAGCUGAGGCCGUCGCAGGUGGCGAACCAGCCGACGGUGCACAUCACGGGGAUGCCCGGAUCACACUACACGCUCGUGAUGAUAGACCCUGAUGCACCUACCCCAAGCAACCCUUCCCAAAGGGAGUACCUCCAUCACCGGUUGGUCACAGACAUACCAGAAGGACGUGACGUGCGCCAUGGAAUUGAGGUGGUGGCGUACGAGAGGCCGCAGCCGACGGCGGGGAUCCACCGUAUAGCGUUCGUGGUGUUCCGGCAGGCGGUGCACCAGACGAUCUCGGCACCAGGGUGGCGCUCUAACUUCAUCACACGGGACUUGGCCGAGUGUUACAACCUCGGUGGUCCGGUAGCGGCAGCCUAUUUCAACUGCCAAAGGGAGGGCACCUGCGGUGGCCGUAGGUACAGGUGAAGCUAAUUUGACCCAUAGGGUGUUGUACCUACGUCGUGCAUGAUGACGUGCCAUGGCUUCAUCCAGAUGCGAUUAGACGAAAUAACAAAUUAAUAAAGCCAUGCUAGCUAGCUGAU